AAGAUAAAGGAAUGAGAAUUAUUUUUCAAAUAAAUAAAAAAUAAAUAUUGUGAGCUUCUACAUAAUUCCAAGUUCCAACCUUUGCCGUAAAAGGUUGUUUAUAAAUCAGAAUGCUUUGUCUUGUUUUUAGGUUUCAGCCACUUGAUUCCUAGCUUGCACUUGCAGUGAGAGUGAGAGAGAGCAAUUAAGAAUAUGUGGCCAUUCAGCAAAAAAGGGCCUUCAGGGUUUUCAUCAUCUUCAACAGCGGAACAAGUUACUCAUGGGGUCGAUGGGACUGGCCUCACUGCCAUUGUCACAGGAGCAUCUAGUGGUAUUGGAACUGAGACUACACGUGUUCUUGCUUUGCGUGGUGUCCAUGUGGUUAUGGGAGUGAGGAAUAUGAUUGCUGCUAAAGAUGUCAGAGAAACAAUACUUAAGGAGAUUCCCUCUGCUAAAGUUGAUGCCAUGGAGUUAGAUCUCAGUUCAACGGAGUCUGUCAAGAAAUUUGCAUCGGAGUUUAAGUCCUCUGGUCUUCCAUUGAACAUCUUGAUAAACAAUGCAGGAAUUAUGGCAUGCCCUUUCAAGCUGUCCAAAGACAACAUUGAAAUGCAGUUUGCCACAAAUCACUUAGGUCAUUUUCUCUUGACAAAUCUUUUGUUGGAUACUAUGAAGAAAACAACACUUGAAAGUAAGAAACAAGGAAGAAUUGUUAUUGUCUCCUCAGAGGCUCACCGAUUUUCAUAUCCUGAAGGAAUUCGUUUCGACAAAAUUAAUGACCAAUCAAGUUACAACAACUGGCGUGCGUAUGGGCAGUCAAAGCUUGCUAAUAUUUUACAUGCCAAUGAACUAACAAGACGUCUCAAGGAAGAUGGGGUGGAUAUUACUGCAAAUUCUCUUCAUCCUGGAAUGAUUGCCACCAAUCUUUUCCUUUUAUGGUUAUUUUUCUGUUUCAUUUAUGCAGGUCUAGUUAAUGUGAUUGGGAGACUUGUGCUUAAAAAUGUCCAGCAGGGAGCAGCGACAACAUGCUAUGUAGCAUUGCACCCUCAAGUGAAGGGAAUUAGUGGCAAGUAUUUUUCAGACAGUAAUGUGGCCAUGACAACCUCACAGGGGAGUGACGCUGAUUUGGCUAAGAAACUCUGGGAUUUUAGCAUGAAUUUGAUCAAGUAGAAUAUCCCAAGCGUUAUUUAUUUGUCAAUGGAGUUGGCAUACAUAGACAUAGUAAAUGAAUUUGAUUGUCAAAUUAUAUUUUUAACAUCGAUCCCGUUUCCUACAUUGCUUAGACAUGAACUUCAAGUUUGCCAUUUAAUGGUCCAACCCUUUACUGUGUACAGAAUUUAUCCCGGUGAUGUGAGUCUACUUGGUUUGUAGAAAUAUUUUCUGCUUUUAUUUAUAAUAUUUUUAUUUUCAUAUUUUUAAAUUUAAAAAAGUAAAAAACAUGUUUGGCUGA